AUUAUCUUUGGCAAGGGUCGGCAGUAUUUGUUUACAUUUUUGCGUUGUUUGUAUGAACCGGCAAGUCUUAAAUAUUAGCAAUGCCGUUUAUGAAAGGGCGAGCACCUAUAAGAAGGACUCUGAAGUAUCUUGAAGCAGGAAAACUUAUUUUCAAACCCAGAGUAAAGAUAUUUACGGUUAAUUACAACACUUCUGGUGAUCAUCAUCAGGGAGCAAGGGACUUUGUAUUUUGGUACCUUCCUCAGAUUCAGUACAAAAAUCCAGAUGUCCAAGUUGCAACAUUUAAGAACAUGACACCAUCACCUUUUAUAAGAUGUUUCUUUGAUGAUGGAGAACAAAUGUUAAUUGAUAUUGACAGUAAAACCAAGGAGCAAGUACAUAAUCAUGUGCAAAAAGUAAUAUGUAAACCAGAGAGUGUUUUGGCUGCAGAAUUAACAGCCAAGGAGAAGAAAGACAAUCCUGCAAAUUUUGGUUUUGGCUGUGAAAAGCAUUGCAUAUGUGAAAUCCUUGGACAGGUUCCAUGCCCUGGUGUAGUUCCAUUGCCAAAAGAAUGGAGAGGGAAAUACAAAUAUAAAAAAGAAUAAAAUCUCCAUACUUGUAAAGACCCCAUGCUAAUAGAUAUAUUUGUUGUUGUUUAUAAAUAAAUGUGUGGACAGUACCGAAUUAUAGUCUCCAGUGUCAUUGUUUGAAUCUGUGAUAUGUUGUUAACAUAUAAUGUAUUCGUAGAAAGAGUAUUUGUUGAACAGGCUCUAAUAAUUAUUUCACUGCUUGUUAUCUGCAAACAAUAGUCAGUUUUUAUUGUAGGUUCAUACAAAUUUCAGAUUUUUUUUUUCUGAAGCCAUGGUAUAAGUGAAUUGGAAUGAUCAAUAAAUCACUCACACCUAUACAACAUGCUUAUCAAAUUUCAUACCUGAAUUUUGUCAAGGCAGCAUGUGUUUACCUUCCAGUCCAGGGGUGCCUAAUGUUGGUGGUAUUGGCCAUCCAAAAUGUAUAAAGGGCAGUGUAUAGAUAAAACUGAUAUGAAUUCUUUGUUUGUAAUGAUGACUGUAUAUGCAACUACUAAAAUGUUAGGAAGAACUCCUCUCACAGCUGGUAAAAUUGUUGUUUAUUAAAACAUGACUAGUUUCGCAGCUUUAAGCCACAUCAUCAGAUUAGCAAUGUUAAAAGAUCAUAGGCAUACUCAUUGCUCAUAGUCAAAAGUCAUUAUUCAGAGAAUUUUGCCAAUAUUAUGGUGAGUGAAAGGUAAAGAAGUAGUGCCCCAUUCUUUAAAAUUUGCCUGCAUCAGUAUGACAGCAGGGCAGCUCAGCUUUCUUAUCUAUUGACAAUAUUCUCUGAAUAGUAAUUUUUGUCUAGGGGAGGUGUAUGCCUAUGAUCUUUUAACACUGUUCACCUGUUGAUGUGGCUUAAAGCCGGAAAACCACUCAUGCUUUAAUAAACAACAAUUUUACCACCUGUGAGCGGAGUUCUUCCUAACAUCAUGCCUUUCUACAGCUGUGGUUGCCUGGAAAAUAAAAUAGUUUGUUGUAAAA